AAUGGAGGGCUUAGGAUGUUGGGAAGUUUCAGCAAUUCCCCCACCCUCUGGCUUGCAGCUCGCUCUCCGGCCCCAAAAGGCAGCGCUGGCUCUCCAUUUCCAAGCUCUGAAAACGAACGACUCAGCCUUGUUUCCAGAGCCCCCAAACCACACGACUCAGCCUGCACUUUCAGGCCCUGAACACGCACAACUCAGCCUCUGCUCGAGCUCCGGAAACACACCUUCGAGGGGGUGCAAUCAGGCCCCUAAAACCACCCUACAACCACCGGCCCCGCUCCCCUGCUCAGCCCCAGCCUUACCCCUCACUGUCAGCCGCUGCACACCCCCCGGUCCUUCCUGUGACCCUCAGGGAAGCCCGGCACCGCCUGCUGUGCCCCCAGCACAGCCGCAGCACCCCGGCUCAGAGGCCGCAGUGCACAGCGGGCAGACUGCAUGGCUGCAGGACCGCAGCUCCACUAGCACAGCACACCCCGCCCGGCCUUGCCGUGAGUUGCGGGCAGCAAGCGGGGGACACGCGUUGGGGCCUUACGGGAGCGGAGCCACAUGCGGCAAUCGCUGCCCUCGCCCCGCUGGCCUCACUGCUGGCGCCAUGGCCCGGAAUGCCCUCGGCUCUCAGGACGCCAGCGCACGCGGCCGGCUCGUGCCCGGUUUUCACGCAGCCCCACGCCCGUCUCCUCAGCGCGCUCCCUGCCCAGCCUGUGCUGGGACUCGGCGCUGCCCCGCCUGGGUGCGGGACCUUGUGCUGGUUGGACUCCAGGCUGUGGGGAAUGUCACUGAGUUCACUUCCCAGCCAGCACGGCGCUCCCCACCUGCUGCGCUGCACCCCACUUGCUGUGGCUUCAUUUCUGAGAGAAAGCAGCCCGCUGGGGCGCAGAGCGAGACAGGAUGUGGCUUGUGGUCGUUAGAAGGAGCUCGCGAUACUUUGAUACCGGAGCAGCCUUCUGACACAGCAGACAGCCACCUACCCGCUGCUCUUACUGCCUGCCUCACCCUUUCCACGUAGCUUGCAAAUGGGACUGCUCAUGCAUCACGUUUGGGUCCACAAAGCAAAAGAGAGGCAACGUGCUCGUAAGGCCGGAGGACCACGGGGCCACAGACAGGCCCACCAGGAGGCAGCGCAUCAGUGAAACUGACCAGAUAUCCCUGCACCAGGUAAUAAUAAUACAUGUGAUGUUUACGUCCUGGUGACUUAACUGGCCUUUUCUGCAGCACAGAUAACGUCCUGAGGUGUGUGAAUGCCGAGCCUUACACAAUCUUCUUCUUGUUCUUGGUGCUAAGAGCUUUGCCUGCGAUAUCACGGUGUAAGUGCUCUACUGCACCACGCCACCCUAAUCCUCAGCUCAGGCGUCAUUCCUGCUUUGCAUCAUCGCAGGUAAAAUCAGACUCAGGCUCUACAGCCCGUCCUAGCACUCACCACUUCAGGCCUUUUUUUAGCAACAAUUAUUCUUCCCAAAUGAAUUCUCGUCUCCUCUUCCUAUGUAACUACAGUUCCUGUUUCACAAACGUUCCUGUUCCUGUUUUACAAACGUUGCCUCCAGGUGCUGGGGUACCGGCACGGAGCGCUUCCCACCUCGGCAGAGCCAGAGGCUGCCCCAGGAACCUCGCAGCUGGUGGCUGCAAGGACCACAGCUUCUGCCCAAGCUAUGGGAUGCCGGGGGUAAUGGCCCUCUGUCAGAUUUAAUAUUAAACAGCACACGCAGAUGGAUGAAAGCUAUUCUGAAGCACUGUCUGAUAAGGCUACGCCCCACUCGUGGUUUGAGAUGAAACAUCUCUUGUUUUAUGUAUUGUGAGCUGACCAAAGGUCUGCUCUGUGCCAGGGCUGUGUCACACACCUGACUGCACAAAACACAGGUCUGGAAGGCUGAACUCCCUACUUAGUCAGUUACUAAUAUUCAGGUUUUUUUGUUUUGUUUUGUUUUUUGUGAUAUGGCCACAGGUUCGUCUUGAAAUAGAUGUUGAAAAAUUUAUGAAUGUUUGUUAUGCAUUCUCAUCUGACAAAUAAGCGUGCCAGGGCUUCUUAACAGCUGACAGGCAGAUGGCAGGCAUGGCCUUGAGGACAGUAAGAUAAAAAAUAAAUUGACUAGGGUGGAAGCUCCUUAUCUCUCAACAUUCAAAUCAGUUACUUCAGAAGGAGCAGGUUUCGAGCCCUGCAGCAACAUGAGGUCUGGGUUCAGCUGCUCCUGCCAAGACUUUGUGUGACUGCAGUCACAGCAAACCCCCUGAGAUGUUAGAGUCCCCACUGAUGAAAUCUCUUGUCUUACUGCUCAGGAACCAUGUGCCCACACUGUUCGUCCUUCUUUUACUGCUAAUUUUAAUGGAAUUACCUCAGUACUAUACUCAUACUAAACUUUCAAGCGUCUCUACAACUAGUGAAGUUCACAGCUUAGUCCCAGUUGCCUCACUAGACUGACUCCCCACUUGAUCCAAACAGUUUAUGUGCUUGCUGUAUGCGAGGAAACCUCACAGUCAAAUUAGAUAACCCCCAUCCACCCCCACAACGCUGCAGGAAGAGAGGCUGAACACUUUUCACUCCUUGUUUCAGACUGCAACACAAACGCAGGCUGCAGCUCUCUUUUAGGUGGUCCUGAAGGCAGGACCAAGCAUGCAGUGACCUGCUCGGAACUGAUCUGCACAAAUGAUCUGUGACCUCAACUGGAAAAAAAAACAAUCACAUUGCAUUCUAAGGGUGAGUACCUAUGACAACAAGUGCUGUUUGUCAUCUCCGUUUUCCUUUUUUGCUUUAUCAGUCAUGCUGACAGCGAUAGCCUCCUCUGGGUCAUGUGCUAGUGCUCUGGUUAUUGCUGACUCAAUAGGGGAUACCCGAAAUGAGACCAGAGGAAAAAUGGCAGGAGGCCAGUCCCACAUAAACAUUCAGAUGUCAGAGUCGAGUACAAACGGCAUCCCGAGCAGCAAGCAGUCCUCUCCAGACUUGGCAAACCAGGGAGGAAGCACACUAACUUUCCACAACAUCUCCUACCACGUGAAGGUGAAGUCCGGGUUCCUGUGCUGUAGAAAAACAGCCAGUAAAGAAGUUUUGAGAGAUCUCAAUGGCAUCAUGAGACCAGGACUGAAUGCAAUUUUGGGGCCCACUGGCAGUGGUAAAUCUUCGCUGCUCGACAUUUUGGCUGCAAGGAAAGACCCUCACGGGCUUUCUGGUGACAUUUUGAUCAAUGGAGCUCCUCAGCCUGCCAACUUUAAAUGUACCUCUGGAUACGUAGUGCAGGAUGAUGUGGUGAUGGGAACCCUGACCAUCAGAGAAAACUUCCAGUUCUCAGCAGCACUCCGUUUGCCAAAGUCUGUGAAGGAGCAGGACAGAAAUGAACGAGUUAAUCAGAUCAUCAGGGAGCUGGGUUUGAGCAAAGUGGCGGACUCCAAGAUUGGCACCCAGUUCACUCGUGGGGUGUCGGGGGGAGAGCGGAAAAGGACCAAUAUCGGGAUGGAGCUCAUCACAGAUCCCACCAUCCUCUUUUUGGAUGAACCAACCACUGGACUGGAUGCCAGCACUGCUAACGCCGUCCUGCUGCUACUGAAAAGGAUGGCAAAGCAAGGAAAAACAAUCAUCUUCUCCAUCCACCAGCCACGGUACUCCAUAUUCCGUCUGUUUGACAGCUUGACACUCCUGGCCGCGGGGCGGAUGCUGUACCACGGCCCCGCUCAGCAGACCAUCGCCUACUUCCAAUCUAUCGGCUACGAGUGCGAGCCUUACAACAAUCCUGCCGACUUCUUCCUGGACAUCAUCAACGGGGACUCCACGGCGGUGGUGGUGAACAAGACCGAUGAAGCCAACUCAGCAGAGAGCAUUGAAGAACACAUUGAAUACAACACAACCUUGGCUGAAAAGUUAGCAGAAAAAUACUGCAACUCUGCCUACUACCAAGAAACAAAAGCAAUACUAGAGAAUAUUUCUUUGGGAAAUACAAAGAAAACAAAAGCAUUUUUCAGACAAAUUACGUAUACCAAUUCCUUCUGUCAUCAGCUGAAGUGGGUGUCCAGGCGCACGUUCAAAAAUCUGGUAGGAAACCCUCAAGCUUCCAUAGCUCAGGUGGUUGUUACAGUUUUCCUGGGACUGAUUGUAGGUGCCAUUUUCUUUGGACUUAAAAACGACACCGCCGGCCUCCAGAACAGAGUUGGUGCCAUGUUCUUUCUGACCACCAACCAGUGCUUCAGCAGUAUUUCAGCUAUUGAACUCUUUGUUGUGGAAAAGAAGAUAUUUAUACAUGAGUAUAUCAGCGGAUACUAUGGAACAGCUGCAUAUUUCAUCUCAAAGCUAAUGGCUGAUUUGAUACCCAUGAGGAGUUUACCGAGCAUCAUCUUCACCUGCAUAACAUACUUCAUGUUAGGCAAGUAUUGCCUUCCACAGUUCUGUUACACCCCACCCCACCCCCAACAAAUUAACAAGGCUCUCACUUGUGUAUAUGUACAUGUAUAUACGUAGAUUUAUAUAUGCUAGAGCACUACAUUGGCAUGGCACCAGUUAUUGUGCUUGAGUGCAGCAUACCAUGCUUUUACAGACACACUUCUUAAUAUCUGAGCAUUUUGAUCAGAAUGUGUAGUGUGUUUCUUCCCCACUGCCCCUAGAAAGAGGAGAGUCACAGUCAGUAUCAUAUGUGUUUGAUUUCUUCCUUUUCAUUUAUAGCUGUUUUAACUUUCAGUGACUCUUACAAGACACUUUCUUUAUGCUUGCAAUAAUACCUAUCAAAGGAAAAGUUUUUUUACAAGAACAUCGUGUAGUGUGAAUUACUAUCAACUUACUCUUUUUGGUGAAAAGUCUUCUGGUUAAUGAGCAGAAAUUUGAAAAUUGCUGGCACCAACUUUUACAACACUGCAACACCUUCAAAUGCCAUGCUCAAACAUGUCCCAGGCAGACUGUUUUCCUAGCAUAAGGUUUUUGGGAUGUCCCAAAAGCUUGAAACCAAAUUACAAAAUAAUCACAGUUCAUUUUGAUCAGUUUUUCCCCCACGGAAUAGAAAAGAAGGCAGCAUCAGCUGUCGUUAGACUCAAUCAUCUCUCAUUAGACUCUGAAACUGGGGCGCGAGAGACCUUGCUACCAAAUCCACAGCUACCAAAUACCACUGGCAAUUAGGGGAGCUCUUUGCUGUAAAAAGUGAAAUACUCCAUAAUUGCCACUUACGGAGGCUCACCAGAAAUUGCUGCUUUCAUAGACAACUUGAGCCAUGGAGAAGCCUUCCUUCUCACUGGCCUAUGUGGAGUACCCACUGUAACUUCUACCACAUCUUGUGAGCACUUUCUCCAAUGUUACUGCAGUUACAGGCAUAUCCCUUAUUCAUCCUGCCCUCUGCUGACAGGGCAUGCACAUUUUGGAUGUCCAAGUCCAGCUGCAGUCUUGGGUCUCAACUGCACAGCCUAUGCUGCCAGACAAGACAUUCUGUAGGCAGCACAGCACUGUAGAGCUUGUGGUAUCACUUUUGGCAGGAUCAUACUGAAAACUUUCUUGUUCUGUUUUUUAAGGUCUGAAACCGACAGCAGAAGCCUUCUUUAUAAUGCUCUUCACCCUUACGAUGGUGUCCUACACAGCCACUUCCAUGGCUCUAGCCAUUGCAACAGGACAGAACGUGGUCGCUGUAGCCAACCUAUUCAUGACUAUCACAUUUGUUUUUAUGAUUGUGAGUAGCAUUAUUUACUUCACUAGAGAGAAAUCCAAACUGCACAGAGUUCAGCCAAAUUCUGCAAAAAGACCGCGGGGUUGAGUUUGGAUUUGUGCUUUCCAAAACAACCUGGGGUUGGGUGUGAGGCGGGGAGAGUUUCCCUGCGGUAUUCUCAGCGGCUCCAGCAGGCAGAGUACUGCCAGCAAUGUGGAGACGUGCUCGGAGCGAUGUUCCACGGACACGACUAGAACCCCUCGCUCUCCGAGACCAUGACUGUACUUGCCCCUGCGCCUGUGGCACCAGCCACCAGGCAGAUUGGAACUAGAACAGCCGAACCAAUAACCAAACCUGCCAGAAGCGGGCUGCCUCAAGCAGAGCAUAUGCAGCCGAGGAGUAGGACUGCAUGGGGCCACGGCUUCAAGCUCGUCAGCAGAAAUGCUUCCUUCCCCACCCCACUGCAAGAGCUCCUUCCUUUAGAAAUGCCUGCCAACUUGGUUUUAAUCUGAGGAAGAGGAAUCGAGAGCUAGAAAAUAUCAUGUUAGCAGCAACUUUUUUUUUUUUAAUCUAUUUUUU